AUGCGUCAGUCACCCCGACAAGCUGCGCUGCAGCUUUCUGUAUCCACAACGGAUUUACCGUGUGGCAUUGCGAAUGCUGCCCGCUCCCCUUCUGCUUCAUUCAGCAGCGCAUUCGGUCCUCUCCGACGUGCUGCAGCGGCAAUGGCGCGGACAGCGAGCGGCUCACGGACCGAAGAGCUUCCCGUGGCUUCAGACAAUCCGCAGAUCGCCCUUGAUCAGGGACACGAGUCGUCGUUUCUAUCUUUAGGACCCGACUCGCCGAUGCUCGGCUCUUCCAGCACCUCUUCAAUGGGCAACCCUGCGAUGAGGGGCCGCUCGAAAACGAUCUCUUCCGGCACCGCUCAGCCGAUCUCUUCGUUCGAGGAAUGGGACGAGGCUACGCAGAAGUUCUCUGCUGGCUUCCUUCGGCGUCUAACAAAGAGGCCGACGCACGGUGAUGUCCGCUCCGCGUUCACGGAAGAGGGAAGCGUGCCGGCGAAGACACCAUCUGAGAAGCCUGAUGAUGCGCAGAGCCGCGGCGGCGUACCUCAAAAUGGGUACACCAUCGAAUUUGUCACUGGCAGCGAGUCAGGUCCUGCAUUGGCGACCGCCACUGUCACCAGGCUGGACCUGCCCGCCGUUGUAGAAAUAUCGCCUUUGCCCACCGCCAGCGAAAUCUUUCCAGCCACGCCCUGUUCACCUCCUUCAGCUCGGCGAGCUCUUAGCCCUCCACAAACCGUGUGGCCUGCUCGUGAUAGCUUGCAGCUAUCCAGCGAUCAUUCUCCGCCCCUUCCUGUCGUCCCCCAUCGCACAAAGUCAUCUCUGCGAGGCCGCAACCUGGAAAGCAAAUUGGACAGGUCAAAGAAGCGUCGAGAUCCAGCCUCAGUGUCCAACAGCACGUUGCCCGACGAUAUGCUCGCACUCGCUCCACCUUUUGAGUAUCGAGUGUGCAACACGGCCAGCACCGUUGCGCUUCCGCUUCAGCAGCUAGAGUGCUCUCCUACUCUCGGCUCGCACAUUCAGCACGAGAUCGAUGCCCAGCUGCAACGCGACGUUCAGAGCCGACUCGCAGUGCCUGCCUCGAUGCCGUAUUCAGUCUUGCCUGCGCCUGGCUCGCGACGUCCAUCGCUGCGACCUUAUCGAUCAAUGGGCGAGAUGCAGUCGCACGUGGAGCCGUUGAAUCAGUCAAGCACGACUCAACAGGCGACUCUGGCUCGAAAAGAUACCACUUUGCCUGCGGAAGCGAGCACAGCCCCAUACCCGACGGACUUGCGAGCGCGGCGAGGAGCAGGUGGAGCGCUUCAAAUCAGCAUCGACACACCCGAGCUCAGCCUGCGUCAAAGUCGAUCACAGACUUUGCGCUCUCCGGGCAGACGACUGUUUAACUCUCCACCACCUUGCCCCCCUCCAUCCACGCCUCUGCCCGCUAUUCCAUCCAGCGCUCCACCAAUGGAACGCACGCCCCGAGCUCGGCCAAACCCCGCAGAUGGAACCCAAUCGACAGCCGGGCACACGUCGCGUUCUCCCUCGAGCAUCCACCAAGUUCCGCAAACGUUUGCGUCUUUGGAGGACGCCAUCAGCUUCUUGGCGUACGACGAACGUCGCAUCAGCUCUUCCUCGACCGCUUGCUCCUCUGCUAUCAGUCGAGAUUCUUUUCAAGCAUUUUCACCUGCCGGCUCCAUCAUCACCACCAGUGGCUUGAGCGACCAUGGCGAUCCCCAAACCCCAAUGACGCCCUUGGAACAAGCUUGGGAUGAUGAAUCAGAGCCAAAGCGGACCAUCUCCGGCCCGGCUUCGUCGUGUGCCGAUGCUGCUGCUCCUGCUGCUGCUCCCGCCACUAAAGAUCUGCGACAGAGGUCGAGCGCUUGCUGUGUCGAUGGAGAUGCGACAUUGUUCAGCUGUUUUGGCAAUGUGCUCAUGCUCGACACGCUCGGCACCCAGUGCGCCGACUGGGCCUCGCAUCAGCAACAACACGUCGAGCCCAACGCAGAAGACCUGGGCAUCAACUUCGGCUAUGCCAUCUGA